CAGUAAGGUGAAGACAUUUGAAAAUCACCCCACUGCAAACUCCUCCCCUUGCUGGAAACCUCACAUUGAAAUGCUGCAAAUGACUAGGGCUCCGCGUGCAGUCGCGGGAAGCCUGAGUUUCCAGCGCGGACACUACGGGGUCAUGACGUGGCUCGGGAAGUUGCCGGCAGAGGCUGCCACUAUGAGGUCCGGGGGCUGGAGGCUGCGCUGGACUGUCACCCUGCUCCUCGCCGCGGUGGGGGCUGCAGUGGAAGACACAUGUGAGAGGAACGAGUUCCGGUGUCGAGACGGGAAAUGCAUCUCCUACAAGUGGGUUUGUGACGGCAGCGCCGAGUGCCCGGAUGGCUCCGAUGAGUUCCAAGAGACCUGCAUGUCGGUCACCUGCAAAUCGGUGGACUUCAGCUGCGGAGGCCGUGUCAACCGCUGCAUCCCUCAGUUCUGGAGGUGCGAUGGCCAAGUGGACUGUGAGAACGGCUCGGACGAGCAAGGCUGUCCCCCCAGGACGUGCUCCCAGGACGAGUUCCGCUGUCGCGACGGCAAGUGCAUCGCCCAGCAGUUCGUCUGCGACUCGGACCGGGACUGCCUGGACGGCUCAGACGAGGCCUCGUGCCCGGUGGCCACCUGCGGCCCCGCCAGCUUCUGGUGCAACGAUUCCACCUGCAUCCCUGAGCUGUGGGCCUGCGACGGUGACCCCGACUGCAAGGACGGCUCCGAUGAGUGGCCGCAGCACUGCGGGGGCCGCGACACACAUGCCCCGCAAGGCGACAACGGCCCCUGCUCUGCCCACGAGUUCCACUGUCGCAGCGGCGAGUGCGUCCACAACAGCUGGCGCUGUGACGGCGGCCCCGACUGCAAGGACAAGUCCGACGAGGAGGACUGCGCUGUGGCCACCUGUCGCCCUGACGAAUUCCAGUGCUCGGACGACGGGACCUGUAUCCACGGCAGCCGGCAGUGUGACCGGGAGUUCGACUGCAAGGACAUGAGCGAUGAACUUGGCUGUAUCAACGGUGAGCUCUGGCCGCCUGGUUUCCCACCCACCACUGGCAGCGCCUUGCUGUUUGCAAAUGCUCCGCGAAGUCAGAGGGUGCUUCCCAGGGCAGCUCCGCUCCAGCUGUGGGUCUGUGUCCCCGUGCCCGGCACAGGCACCAACGAGUGCUUGGACAACAACGGAGGCUGCUCCCACAUCUGCAACGACCUCAAGAUCGGCUACGAGUGUCUGUGUCCCGACGGCUACCGGCUGGUGGACCAGCGACGAUGCGAAGAUAUCGACGAGUGUCAGGACCCGGACACCUGCAGCCAGCUCUGCGUGAACCUGGAGGGCGGCUAUAAAUGCGAGUGUCGGGAGGGCUUCCAGCUAGACCCCCACACCAAGGCCUGCAAAGUGGCGGGAUCCAUCGCCUACCUCUUCUUCACCAACCGCCACGAGGUGCGCAAGAUGACGUUGGACAGGAGCGAGUACACCAGCCUCAUCCCCAACCUGAAGAACGUGGUGGCUCUGGACACCGAGGUGGCCAGCAACAGAGUCUACUGGUCUGACCUGUCCCAGAGGAAGAUCUACAGCACCCAGAUUGACGGCGCCCACGGCCUCUCCUCCUACGACACUGUCAUCGGCGGAGACCUCCAGGCCCCUGACGGGCUGGCGGUGGACUGGAUCCACGGCAACAUCUACUGGACCGACUCCGUCCCGGGCACUGUCUCUGUGGCUGACACCAAGGGCGUGAAGAGGAAAACGCUAUUCAAGGAGAUCGGCUCCAAGCCGAGGGCCAUCGUGGUGGACCCUGUUCAUGGCUUCAUGUACUGGACCGACUGGGGAAACCCAGCCAAGAUCAAGAAAGGGGGCCUGAACGGCGUGGAUGUGUAUUCGCUGGUGACAGAAGACAUUCAGUGGCCCAAUGGCAUCACCCUGGAUCUUUCCAGCGGCCGCCUCUACUGGGUCGACUCCAAACUGCACUCCAUUUCCAGCGUUGAUGUCAAUGGCGGCAACCGGAAGACGGUCCUGGAGGACGAGAAGAGACUGGCUCACCCCUUCUCCUUGGCCAUUUUUGAGGACAAAGUGUUUUGGACGGACAUCAUCAAUGAAGCCAUUUUCAGUGCCAACCGCCUCACGGGCUCGGACAUUAAUUUGGUGGCUGAGAACCUGUUGUCCCCGGAGGACAUGGUCCUCUUUCACAACCUCACACAGCCGAGAGGGGUGAACUGGUGUGAGAGGUCCACACUCCCCAACGGUGGCUGCCAGUACCUGUGUCUCCCGGCCCCGCAGAUCAACCCACACUCGCCCAAGUUCACCUGCGCCUGCCCCGACGGCAUGCUGCUAGCCAAGGACAUGAGGAGCUGCCUCACAGAGGCUCAGCCCAUCCCAACCACCCAGGGGACCUCCAGGGUCAGCUCUCCAGCCGUGGGGCCAAAGCACACGGCCACCCGGCCUGCUCCUGGCACCUCCCGGACACCUGAGGCCGUUUCUGGGUUCACCACGGUGGAGAUGGUGACAAUGUCAUUCCAAGCCCUGGGUGACGCGGCCGGCAGAGGGAACGAGGAGAAGCCCGGGGGCGUGGGGGCCCUGUCCAUCGUCCUCCCCAUCGCAUUCCUUGUCCUGUUGUGCUUUGGGGGCUUCCUCCUCUGGAAGAACUGGCGGCUCAAGAACAUUAACAGCAUCAACUUCGACAACCCCGUGUACCAGAAGACCACGGAGGACGAGGUGCAUUUCUGCCGCAGCCAGGACGGCUACGCCUACCCCUCGAGACAGAUGGUCAGCCUGGAAGAUGACGUGGCGUGAACACUGGCCUCGCGUCCUGGCCCUCCCCGGAACCUCCUGCCACUUGGCGGCAGGAAGAACACUUUCUCCC